UCUAUCUCUCUCUCUCUCUGUCUGUCUCUCACCCACCACCUUCACAACAACAAAACAAUCAUCAUUCAUCUUCUUCUUCUUCAGUGUUUCCUCACCUUUUCCGCAAUCUUUAUUUUACAAUCACCGACGAGAAAAAAAAAAACAAAUUUCCUUUUUUAUUUUUGUUCACUUAGUGGGAAAUUGCAAUUAAUUAAAUAAAAAUUGAAACUUUAAACGUCAGUUAUUUGUUGUUUCAUCUCUCUUCUCUCUCUCUCUCUUUCUGAUCGUAAUAAAGUGAAGAAAUCAGUUUAGGUCUUCUUGGCCUCCUCCUCCUCCUCUCUCUCUCUCCUUCCAGCUCAAUUCUCGAUCAAAAAGGUUGGUAAACGUGGAGAUCUCAGACUGAUUGUUAACUAAAAUGUUGUGGGGGAUCAGAGUUCUGUAAAAUAGUUAGUUACCUUUAAGCAACGUUCAAAAGAUUUUUGAGUGUCUUAUUAUCGGAUUUAGAUAGAUUUACAUGUAUCACUUAGUGUUGUAGAUGAUUGUUAAACCAUUUGGUCUGUUAAAGUUGAGGUAAAAGAAUCUAUUUCAAAUUAACAUAGAAAGAAAGAACGAGUGACGAAGUAGAGCAGGACAGGAUGGGAUGUGUUUCUUCAUGCUUUCGGGUCGAAGACAUUGAUGACUACAUGAAUCCAAAUAGCUCUGUCUAUAGGAACUGUCCCUGCAUUAGAUGCCUUGCUCAUAAUUUCCUUAACCUGUAUAUCUCGGUCUUCAGAAGAGGGGAAACUCGCUCUCUCCCAUCUUCGGUUCAAGCUACAGCAUCGAUGACUUCCUCUUCUUCGCACGAUAACUUUCUGUCUGAAGCAUUUCGUUCUACGCCAAGACCUCUGCCUUAUGAUGCUGAUCCUAGAUAUUUCCGCUCACUCGUCUCAAGACGGGAGAAAGGUUCAAGUCAUUCCCAUGAUGAAGCUGAACCUUUAAGAAGUGAUAGCGAUGCAGAUUCUGAAUCUUUCGGCCUAGGAGGAUGCAAAUGGGCUAACAACCAUAAGUCCACUGUUUCUGAUAAAGAUUCCAAAGAAGAGUACUCUAGUAAAUCCAGUCUCAGGAUUCUAAAAUCAAAGUCAAAGUCAAUAAUGGCAGAGUCUGAAAACAUGUAUAUACUGUCUGAAGAUGAAGAUGUCUGUCCAACUUGUCUUGAAGAAUAUACAUCAGAAAACCCAAAGAUUGUGACAAAAUGCUCUCACCAUUUCCACCUUGGUUGCAUUUAUGAGUGGAUGGAGAGAAGUGAAAACUGUCCUGUCUGCGGAAAGGUGAUGGAGUUCAACGAAACACCGUGAUCAUCGUACCAUUGAUCUGUGUCCUGUAUCUGAACUGAAACCGGGGAAGAUGACAAGGCAAUGCAAGGAAUAAUUUGUAAAUUUGGCUUGUUGGUUUGUGAAUAUUUUCAUUUACGAUGGUAAAUAUAUGAAAGCAGAAUGGGAGAAAAUGUUCCUCUGCAACACUUUUAAGUUUCUGAGAAAAAUUAAAUCCAUAAAACAAGAAGCAAUGUCUUUAUCUUAUAGUGUU